AUUUUCAUGUAUGUUAUCCCUUAUUAUUCAGUAGCGUGCUCCACUGAAACGACUAAUGCCAUCUACAAUACAAUCCAUGUACUGUGCUGUGCACGAACCUCCUACCAGUAAUGUAGCUAAUGAUUACUGUGUGAUUGGACUUUCGCUUUGUUGUCCCUCCUCAGAUUCCGUCCAUGGGUAAAGGAGCUGUGAAGUUUUUUUGUGUUGUGAAGCAAACUCUCUAGCGCAAGUGUUUUUUAAAAUAACUACAAAAAAAAAAAAGCUGUUUGGGGCACAUUGUGACGUAUUGAACUGUGCAGAUAGCAUUGGACAGCUAUUGCCAGGAGACGGUAUAGAACGUUGUAGAUAGAUUGCUAGCUAACACGGACACAGGCCUAAUCAAUCCACGGUGGCAAAGGAAAGCAAGUGGUACCUGUCGCGAGCAUGGACUCUUGGAUUCGAUUUAGUGCGCAGAGCCAAGCCAAGGAGCGAGUUAUCAGGGCUGCACAGUACACCUGUACAUUGCUAGGUUACACACUCCAGAAGGGUGGGGCAGGUGUUGAGCUCCUGAAGACAGUGAAACAACUGGAAGCUCAUAUGAGCCUAACAAGGAAGUUGUCUCUGGGUCUCACAUCACUCUCUCCAGUGAUGCGUCUGGGGAACUCUGCAGAGGCUGUGGAGGCAGCAAAACGUGCGGUGCACCUCUCGGACAGCGUGCUACGUCUCUGCCUGACCGUGGCCCACCUCAACAAGGCCAUGUACUUUGCCUGUGACAACGUGCUGUGGGCCGGCAAGGUGGGCCUCCUGCCCCAACUGGACCAGGACAAGUGGAGCCAGAGAUCCUUCAGGUACUACCUCUUUGCCCUCAUCCUCACCCUAACCAGGGAUGCCUACGAGAUCCGCCUGCUUAUGGAGUGUGAGGCCUGCUCCUCCCAUGGGGCGUCAAAGGCUACCUGGACCUCUUCUCCUCUCUCUCCACCACCCACUCCGCUCACCCCUGAGAACGGCGACCUCUCUGACCCCUCUUCACUCCCCGGAGCCAUAUUACCCCUUCUGUCCGUACGCCUCCGCAGACAGUUCCACCUGCUGGUGACGGUGCUGCGCAACAACCCACCGCUGCUGCUGGACCUGCUGAAGAAUGCGUGCGACGUGUUCAUCCCGCUAGACCGGCUGGGCAUCUACCCCACUGGCUAUGGCUUCGUGGGGGCCUGUGGCCUGGCCUCCUCGGUCCUCUCCAUCCUCACCAUCGUCCACCCCUGGCUCAAGCUCAAACCUUGAAGAAGCCAGACUUUUUGGUUGAACGUUCUAGCUCAAGUCGAACAUUCCUCAAGCUCAAGCCUUGAAGGAGGCAUUUUGGCCAAACGUUUUUGGUCCCCUAGAAGUCAAGAAGUGCUGUUGUGUCGAGGGAUGCAGCAUGACACGAGGAGGGGUCCUGUACACUGCUUGCUUGGAAAGUUUCGCGUUUUGUUGUUGUUGGGGAAUGCCAACCUUUUGGGCAGAUCAUGCUCGGAUAAAGGUUGGUGGACUGAAACGGUGGCAUUUCGAAUCAAAGAGAGAAAAUGUUCAAUUGAGCGGUGUAUUGGAAAUCUGUCUUUUGUAUCCUGCUCGUGCUCUGAAAUGUUCAAACACAAAGUUCCCCAAAAGCCGUUUGGUUUGGUAGUUGAGCAGGACCUUUCCUAUGCAAGUGGAUUGAACUGGCACAUGGAAAAUGGUUGAGUCCAAACAGUAGACGUAUAAAGACCUUAAAGCACCAUAAAUCACAACUGACGGGCUUUGUGAAGUGAUAUAUAGCACAAAGAAUUGUCAUUCAGGUGUGUGUGUGUGUGUCUGAACACAAGCUGUGGGGAGCACAUGACAAACCCCCAUCUGUGAACCAAGUAUGGGUAUGAUUUAUAAUGUCUUCUCAGAUGAUUGUGAGGAGCAGCUGUCUUGCAUGUCUCAAGUCCAAACUUCUCUAUCAAAGUGGAGAGACCUCAUCCACAAAUACUAUUAGUUGUCCUCUUUCUUAACUUGCACUUAAUUUAUGACCUUAAUCAGCAUUUUAAAUGGAUCCUGAUCUCUAGUUAGGAGACACUGCCACAUCCAUAUACUGCUUCUGUCCUGAGCAUUGACAAUUAUAUAAUUGGAAAAGAUGAUCUGUACAGCAUUGGUUUUGGAGAUAGGCCAAUGUUAUCCCAGUGGAACACUGUACAGCUAGAUAUGUGGAAGCAUUUACUCAGUUAAAGCUAUAACAUAAAAAAAGCUUUAUGUCAAUAAAAAGGUGCAAUGAAAUAUUUUAUCAUACUGUGUGUGAAUAUCUAAUAAUAAUGACUUUGAAGUGAAGGAUCCUUUUUAUAAGCGGUAAAAGGGGACAUUUAUGGGCUACCAGUCAGCCGUAUUUUUGUGCUGAUAGUGGUAAUACUGUAUGUCCACAUAUAUUACUAACAUUUAUGCAUGUGUGAAAUUAAUUAGUGAGUUUACAGAGCCAGAAAAAUGUAAGCAAAUGAUUCGGUCAACACGGGCAUCUAAUGAUUCUGUCUGUUUAACUAUGUAAUUAGUUGAAUUCACCCAACAACAAAUGAUUUAGUCUACUUGUAAGUCAAUUUGUUUGUCUACUUAUAAAUCAAUUUGUAUAACUUUACAUACACCUUAGCCAAAUACAUUUAAACUCAGUUUUUCACAAUUCCUGACAUUUAAUCCUAGUAAAAU